UCUUCUUGAUCGCGGACGUGGAUCGAUCGCGAGCUCUUCCAGCGAUGGCAAGGGAUCAUCACCACCAGCAGCACGGGCAGCAGCAGCUCGAGGUCCUCUCGGCGCUGGACAAGGCCAAGACGCAAUGGUACCACUUCACCGCCAUCGUGAUCGCGGGCAUGGGCUUCUUCACGGAUGCUUACGAUCUCUUUUGCAUCUCCACCGUCACCAAGCUCCUGGGGAGGAUCUACUACUACGAUCCAGCUUCUGGCAAGCCCGGAUCGCUCCCCCCAAACGUCUCGGCGGCCGUGAAUGGAGUGGCGCUGUGCGGGACGCUCGCCGGGCAGCUCUUCUUCGGCUGGCUGGGCGAUCGAUUCGGGCGCAAGAAGGUCUAUGGCAUGACGCUCAUGCUCAUGGUCAUGGCCUCGGUAGCCUCGGGGCUCUCUUUCGGCCACACUGCCAAGAGCGUGAUGACCACGCUGUGCUUCUUUCGAUUCUGGCUUGGAUUUGGCAUCGGUGGCGACUAUCCUCUCUCGGCCACGAUCAUGUCCGAGUAUGCCAACACCAAGACUCGCGGAGGAUUCAUCGCGGCGGUGUUUGCCAUGCAAGGAUUCGGGAUCCUCGCCGGUGGCGCGGUGGCGAUCUUCGUGGCGCUGGGAUUCAAGACGGCGUAUCCUCGCGAAGCGUUUGAGCUCGAUCCGGCUGGAUCCACUCCACCAGAGGCGGACUUCGUGUGGAGGAUCAUCUUCAUGCUUGGAGCUCUCCCGGCGGCGCUCACGUACUACUGGCGGAUGAAGAUGCCCGAGACCGCGCGCUACACCGCGCUGGUGGAGGGGAACCUCAAGCAGGCGACGCAGGACAUGAGCAAAGUUCUCGCGGUGGAGAUCACGGAGGAGAACUCCGCCGCCAAGGCCGCCGCGAUCCAGAGCCAGCACAAGAACAAGUACACGCUCUUCUCGGCGGAGUUUCUUCGCCGCCAUGGCUUGCAUCUCCUCGGCACCACCUCCACUUGGUUCCUCCUCGACGUCGCCUUCUACAGCCAGAACCUCUUCCAAAAGGACGUUUUCACCGCGGUGGGAUGGCUCCCAAGCGCCAAGAAGAUGAGCGCGCUGGACGAAGUCUACCGGAUCUCGCGAGCGCAGUGCCUGAUCGCGCUGUGCUCCACGGUGCCGGGUUACUGGUUCACGGUGUUCCUCAUCGACCGGAUCGGGCGAUUCACCAUCCAGCUCAUGGGCUUCUUCUUCAUGACGGCUUUCAUGCUCGGGCUGGCCAUCCCUUACAACGCUCUCCGCGAUGGCAGCCAUAUGACGUUCAUCGUGCUCUACUCGCUUACGUUCUUCUUCGCCAACUUUGGGCCGAAUUCCACCACCUUCAUCGUCCCCGCGGAGGUGUUCCCGGCGCGGUUUCGAUCGACUUGUCACGGGAUCUCGGCGGCGGCUGGGAAGGCCGGGGCGAUUGUUGGAGCUUUCGGGUUCCUCUAUGCCGCGCAGAGCCCGGACAGGGAGAAGACCGAUGCCGGGUACCCGACUGGAGUGGGGAUCCGGACGGCGCUGCUCAUGCUCGCGGUUUGCAAUGGUCUGGGCUUCUUCUUCACGCUGCUUGUUCCGGAGACUAAAGGGCGGUCGCUGGAGGAGAUCUCUGGCGAGAAUGGUGGCGAGGGUGGUGAUCAUCCCAGGCCGAUCCUGCCAGUGUAAGUCCCCCCUUUUUCGUUUUCGCUUUUUUGAAAGAUCUGGAGCUCUCUCCCCUUCUCGGUUCUAGUUUCGGCCUCUCUCGGGCGAGAGUUUGAGCUCUUGCUCUUCGUUUCGAAUAAAAAAGAAAAGACAAAAGAAAAGUAUUCUAGUUCGAAGGUUUCUUCCAGAGUGUCUCUUUCUUCCAAGUUCUUCCCAGUUUCUUACAAGUGUUUUUACUCUUUCUUCCAAUAUUCUUACUCUCAAAGUUCUUCCAAGUGUCUUACACUUGCUUCCAAGUUGUCUUACUUCCAAGUUAUUCCAAUUCAAGACAACCUCAACAUAACUAACAAAGCUCCACUAUGUCCAUUCUCCUUACGUGAUUCUUACGAAAUAUGACAAGAUUAUU